CUUCCGCUGCUGUUUUAACUUCCAGAUCACACACAAAACGAUGUCUUCCUCCUAUGAGUCGAAGAAAGCGAAACAUGAGAGCACAGCAACAAACCCUAAUUGGCUUGAACUUCCAAGAGACAUAACAUUAAACAUACUUCAAAGGCUUGGUGCCGUCCAAAUUCUGAUGAACGCACGCAAUGUUUGUCCUGAUUGGUGGAACAUUUGCAAAGAUCCUGUCACGUGGCGCCAAAUUCAUAUGUUGGAUCUUCUACCUUACGUGAAGUUGACUAGUUAUGGUGGUGUUGAUAAUGAGUUUUUGGCCAAGCUUUGUAAAUAUGCUGUUGACCUAAGUUGUGGACAUUUAGAGGAAAUUUAUAUUUGUGAAUUUGGUACUGAUCAUCUUCUCCAACACAUUGCUGAUAGGUUUUAUAUUUUGUUAUUAUCAUUAAUCAAUAGGUGCAUACGGCUUUAUGGAUGCAAGUUAAUUUCAAAUGAAGGAUGGUGUGAAUUUGUAAAGAAGUUUUCGAUGCUAGAGGAAAUCCACAUUUUAAAUAGCGAACUAUCUAGGAAAUCUCUUGAAGUUAUCGGUCAGAAUUGUCCUCUUUUGAAAUCAUUAACAUUUAAUGGGAAGUGGUAUGGAAAACCCUCCAAAUGGGAUGCUGAGGCCUCUAUUAUUGCCAAAACAAUGCCUAAGCUAACCUAUCUUGAUAUUUAUGGAAACGCGCUAACUGUUGUUGGAUUGUUUUCUAUUCUUGAUGCAUGUCCUCUUCUUGAAUCUCUUAACAUCCAAAGAUGUUCUAAUUUGAAAGUCGGGGCAAGUUUGUUGGAAAUAUUGUAUAAUCGGAUCAAAGAUUUAAGAGCUAAGGAGUUCUUUUCAGACGCAUAUGAUGCUGGAUAUGAUAGUUGUAGUGAAUGGGUGAGGGUGAUGAUGGCUGAAUAUCGGGAACAUGUUGAGACAUCUGAGGACGAAGUUGAGGGUGAGGGUGAGGAUGCGUAGACUUAUGGUCUGAAAUGAUCCGGAAGCAAAGUCUUGAAGGAAUGAGGAAGUUUCAAAUUAGCUGUUUGAAACAGUUUGCUGGAAGUAAGGAUCUUUUCUAGAGCUAUUAACAUUGUUUACUAAAGAAA